CGAAAAAAUGCUGAUGAUUAAAAUAUUUAUAAUAUAUGAUAAAUACCUGUGCAUGCCCCUGAGCGUUACCAUGGCGACUGCUGCCCGGCUAUGAAGCUUGUUGCUAUCCAAGCUAACGCGAUGGUGGCUUGAAUAAAACCAAACCACACAAUAAAAACAUGGACGACGGCGUACAACCGGGUGAAGGCGGCCCAGUUAAGAACGUGGCAAAAUCUGGCCGGAGAGCACGUCUCGCAGCAGAUCUAUCCCUUGGAGAUGCCACUACCUCCAGGAAGUCCACCACCUCUGCUGGAGAAGGCCCCCCUCCUAAACCACCUAGGAGGCAGGGCGGCUGGGCCGAAGAAAGCUCCGGAUCCGGUCCUGGCAAGUCUUCAAGAAGAGCCGCUGCCGACGACCUAGAAGACCGCCGGCUGCGACCACAAACUCCCCAAGGAUCGGAUGAUGAUGGAGAUAUUCCAGUCAUUCCGGAUUUGGAUGAUGUGCAGGAAGAAGAUCUCAACAUGCAAGUAGCGGCUCCACCGAGUGUUCAAGUCAACCGGGUAAUGACCUACAGAGACCUGGACAACGAUCUGAAAUAUUACUCUGCGUUCCAGACUCUCGAUGGAGAGAUUGACUUGAAGCUCCUUACAAAGGUUUUGGCGCCAGAGCAGGAGGUGAAGGAGGAAGAUGUGCUCUGGGACUGGGAUCAUCUGUUUACAGAGGUGUCUUCAGAGCUCCUGAUGGAAUGGGACCAGAGAGAAAGUGACGAUCAGGCUUCAUAACCAGCAGCUUAAGUCUGGACAAAAUGACUCUGAUGUGAACCAAAAAGUCAAUGAUUUGGAAUUUUACCAACUUUUGACCAGAAUGGAUAUUUCUCAACCCAUAUGUACGCCAUAUGCCAGAGGCGGUGAUAGCUCUAAGACUGCAAGGGAAACGCAGCUUUGCCCAAAAUGUAAAAAAAAAAAAACUCUUCAAAUGUAUACUGAUGUGUGUACAUGUCACUGACCAAAUAUGCGCUACAGCGCGCUAAAUUUUGUUCAGAAUGAGCUUCUUCACACUGUUAUGAUGCAGACUGCAUUGUUCCACUACAGCGAAACGAGACGAGUCAUUAGCUAAAGGCUGGGUUUAUCCUGCCCAUCGGAUGCCGUGCAUCUCUGGUUCUGAUCCGUCUGAGGCAUUUUUCAGUUGAACCGGAGACUUUCAUAAUUAUCCUAGCGACACUUGCUUUGUUAAAAAUGACUAGCAAAAAAUUGAGCUUCUAUAUCUGGAGUUUUUUUUUGGUUCAAUUGUUGCUGCUUGAGUUUGGAGACUUGACUUCUGGCACUCAAGUUUCUUUCCCGACUGAGCAGCAGGUACCGCGGAACCCCUCCACUGUCACAAAGCACUCACAAUUAAACACACCUUGAGUUUUCCCGCAUCCUCAUAUAAAAACCACCAUCUGCCACUGAUAUACAUAUUGUACAUUUUGUCUUGCAUUUUCGACAAAAAGUUUGGAUUUUGCGUCACUGACUUGUGAAACUUUUUCAAAAACUUUUUCAAAGCCCGCUGAAAUACGGGGAAAUAAAGACAUCUCUCUAGCCGUCAUUAUCAGCACCCUCAUACAAGUCCAAGGUUGAUAAUCAGCUAAGCUGAAAUCCAGUUGAUUGUGUUCAAAUUAACAUUCUUCAUUAAGGCCCGCAACCUUAUUGUUAUUGACUGUGCCAUUGACUUUAUCUUGCAGCUCUUCGAUAGGAGCGGCCACUUCUUCACGAUUAUCUCAAAUGCAUUGAACACUGUUCCUGUUGACGCCAGGUGGAUUAGCAUACAUUAUACCUUUUAUAUUGGAUGAAGAGGAAUAGAUGUAAGUUGGCUCCUGUUCAAACUGCUCUUUUAAGUGAAAAAAAAAACAAGAUAUAAUGAGGACGGCGCAAGUUCAAGGACACGCUUCGCUGUGGAAUCUGUGUAAUUCCUGAAACGUAUUGUGUACUGCUUGUAGAACAGGAGCCGGCCGUGUGUAUCUAUCAGCAUUCAGUUUAGUCUUCGGUCGGUUCAUGUGUGUGAAUUUCAAUGCAGGUCCUCCGACGUGCGUGCACGUCUAUUAGGGAAACAGUUGUAACAUUUACAGAUUGUGAUUAGGUUUAUUUCUGAGACACCGAGCGCUCUCCUGACAUUUGGGGAUGCGCAGCAAAAGGCAUCAAGGACACAGUCUAUGCAGCUCAAUCACUGCCCAUCAGGAACGGAUAUUUAUGUUUUUUUGCCGAUUUGUUAGGCCCCAGGUCUGCUUCAUCAAGUGUAAUUUCUCCAGAUGAAGCUAUCAUGCGGGAUAUUUGUGCUCUGAAUAUUUAUAUAGUUGAGCUAAAACGCAUUGAGUAUUUCCCUAUUAGACAUACAAACGCUCACUCUUGCCACCUCCACAAUUGGCUCGUUUUGCAAGACUUAAUGAAUUCUGCCCAUAUGUCCAGAGCAGCUGCUACGUUGCCCCUUCCUCCCGCCCCCGCCGAGCUGCGAAGUGCCCAUCCAUGUAGAGACAACCUCUAGCUGUCUCUCUGGAGAAGGCUAAGCCUGCCACUCCUACGCUGGCUGGCAGCCGGCCGGCCGCCGCUGUCAGAGGUGCGUCACGGCCUCCGAUUAGGGCCCGGCGGUCGCGGCCCGCCUCCCUCCGACGGCGGCCGCGAACAUCGGUGGAUCAGAGAGGGGAUUAUAGAGAGGAAGCGGAGUGGGGGGAUGAUGCUAUUUGGCACGUGCUCUCAUCCAGGUUCUCAAAGUGACCUCUCGACUGCCUCGUCCUGAUGCUCUCUUUUAUUCUCCCCAUGUUGCUUAUUAUCUACAGUGUAUUGGGAUGCCGCGGCAGGACUCGGAAUGACCUCCUCUUGUCUGUGUGCGGUGAAUUCAAUCACAUCAAAACAACAAUAUUUCUUGCGAGGGAGACGCCAGUUAUGGCAGAAGCUUUCCAAUGGACGCAGUGUGACUGCUAGGCGGAGUGGGGUUGAGGCCGUGUUGAUAAUCACAUGGGAUGGAGACAGACCGCACAUACAGGUUUAGGGUGUUAUUUGUUUUUCCCGCUGUUAUUGUUCUAGUAUAACAAGGGAGUCGUUACUGCUGGAAACGCGUAGUUGUUUUGUUCCUCUAAUAUGUUUCAAAUUGUAUUUUAAACCCCUCUUAAUGUUUUCGUUUUAAUAAAAUUUGUAAAAUUUCAAUCAAAAAAUAAACUAGUAACUCGCCAUUGUUGAUGUCAAUAUUUACACAAUGCUCAUGGUGCUGAAACCCAUAAAAUCAGUCGCACCCA